UAUUAAUGCAAUAUUUAUUAACAAAAUAUUAACAUUUUAUUUGAUUUUUUUUAAUUAAAUAUUGAACUCUCCUUGACAUUGGUCUCUUGCUUUUUGAGUCUCGAGUCUUUGGCUCCCAUACCCCCACUCCCCACUCACCUUCUUCAUUUUUCUUUUUCCUUUUUACAGCUCAUUAACAAGUACAAAGUUGCACAAAUGCUCAGCUGUGGAAAUUAUUUCGAGGGCUCAUUUAAAGCUCUUGGAUCUUUAAUAAUUCCCAUUCAUGGUGUGAAUUUUUGACUGAAUUAUGCCGUUGCAAACGCUGCUGCUGCUCUUUGUGAGUGUGUGUCAGUUAGAGUUCUCUUUCUCUGCUGCAUUCAGUGUCAAUUUUGGUGGAAAAAGAUCAGAUUUUGACUCGCGCCCAGCUCAUCAUUCUCGAUUAAAUCUGUAAUUUUUGCAUUCCUGAGUCGAGAAUUUUAUCUGNUUACUGGCAGAUCUGAGUGAAAGCUGCGGCCCUUGCCUUACUGUAUUGCCUAUGGAAGAACAAUCCUACUCUCCUCUCUCCUCGUCAUCCUCAAUCUUUUGCCUGCCGUGCAUUCCGACUUAACCUCGGACAAAAAUGCCCUUCUCGCAUUCUCAAACUCCGUGCCCCACAGCCCCAAACUCAACUGGGACCCGAAUUCCCCCAUCUGCACCUCAUGGACUGGGAUCAACUGCAGCUCCAACGGCCAGGAUGUAAUCGGGCUCCGCCUCCCGGGCGUUGGGCUCACCGGGCCCAUCCCAAACGGCACUCUCGGGAGGCUGCAUUCUCUAAGAGUCCUCAGCCUUCGGUCCAAUCGGCUCGGUGGGCCCAUCCCGCCAGACAUCCUCUCUCUUCCCUCCCUCAACUACCUUUUCCUCCAGAACAACAACUUCUCCGGAGAGAUCUCUCAAUCCCUCCUCCCCCGCCAGCUCAGCGUCCUCGACCUCUCGUUCAACUCCUUCACCGGAAAUAUCCCGCUGGCCGUUCGGGACCUGACCCGAUUAACGUCCCUCAGCCUACAGAACAAUUCCUUCUCCGGGCCCAUCCCAGACCUCAGCCGGACCCGCCUCAGGCGUCUAAAUCUGAGUUCCAAUAAUCUCGUCGGCCCAAUACCGUCUUCUUUGCAGAACUUUCCGGAUUCUUCAUUUCUUGGGAACUCUCUAUGCGGGCCCCCCUUGAAUCCGUGCCGGGUAGCUCUUCCGCCUUCGUCUUCCCCGGCCCCCACGCGGCCACCUCGAGAGAGCUCGGCCAUAAGGAGACUCUCGCGCGGGAUUAUAAUAGCAAUUGCGGUUGGUGGAUUCGUGAUCUUGCUUAUUCUUCUCUCUCUGUUUAUAUUCUUGUGCUGCUUUUGGAGGAAAAGGGACGGUAAAAAUCGGGGGUCCCCGAAAGUGAAGACCUCGGGUGUCGGGAGGAGUGAGAAGAAGCCGAGCGAGGAGUUCGGGAGCGGGAUCCAAGAGCCCGAGAGGAACAAGCUCGUGUUUUUCGAGGGGUGCUCAUAUAAUUUCGACUUGGAGGAUCUGCUGAGGGCUUCGGCCGAGGUUCUGGGGAAGGGUAGUUUCGGAACGGCGUAUAAGGCAGUUCUGGAGGAGUCGACCACUGUAGUGGUCAAGAGGCUCAAGGAAGUUAUUGUCGGGAAAAGGGACUUCGAGCAGCAAAUGGAGACGGUGGGGAGGGUCGGGCUGCACCCGAACCUAGUGCCUCUGAGGGCUUAUUACUAUUCCAAGGACGAGAAGCUCCUCGUGUACGAUUAUUACCCGAACGGUAGCUUGGCGAGUCUAUUGCACGGAAACAAGUCGACCGCCGGGCGGACCCCACUCGACUGGGACUCGAGGCUCAAGAUCUCGCUCGGGGCCGCACGUGGGCUGGCCCACCUCCACUCGGCCGGCGGCCCAAAACUCGCCCACGGCAACAUCAAAUCCUCCAACAUCCUCCUCCUCACCGCCACACAAGACAGCCACCCGGACACAACCGCAGCUGCCAUAUCGGACUUUGGGCUGGCCCCACUCAUGGCUCACCCGGGCCCAGGCCCAUCUACCCGGCCCAUCGGUUACCGGGCCCCAGAGGCAAUAGAGACACGGAAGCAUACCCACAAGUCUGACGUGUACAGCUUUGGAGUGGUCCUUCUUGAAAUGCUUACGGGCAAGCAGCCGAUCCAGUCUCCGGGCAGGGACGAGAUCGUGGACCUGCCCAGGUGGGUCCAGUCGGUGGUGCGCGAGGAGUGGACGGCUGAGGUGUUUGAUGUGGAGCUCAUGAGGUUUCAGAACAUAGAGGAAGAAAUGGUGCAGAUGCUGCAGAUAGCAAUGGCUUGUGUGGGGAAGGUUCCGGAUUUGAGGCCAGGGAUGGAUGAGGUGGUGAGGAUGAUCGAGGAGGUCCGGUUUUCGGACACGGAAAACCGGCCGUCGUCCGAGGAGAACAAGUCCAAGGAUUCAAAUGUGCAGACACCUUGA